GAUAUUCAAAACAUGUCUGGACGUGGUAAAGGAGGAAAAGGUUUGGGAAAAGGAGGCGCCAAGCGUCACAGGAAGGUGUUGAGAGAUAACAUCCAGGGUAUCACCAAACCGGCCAUCCGUCGUCUGGCUCGUCGAGGUGGUGUGAAACGUAUCUCUGGUUUGAUCUACGAAGAGACCCGUGGUGUGUUGAAGGUGUUCUUGGAGAACGUCAUCCGUGAUGCUGUCACCUACACCGAGCAUGCCAAGAGGAAGACUGUCACCGCUAUGGAUGUGGUCUAUGCUCUCAAGAGACAAGGCAGAACUCUGUACGGAUUCGGAGGUUAAACUGUGCAAGUUUUUUAUCCUAACUUCGUGGUCGUGAGUAGCGACAGAUCCCGGCCCUUAUCAGGGCCACUCAUA